AUGCCACGACGUACCUCAGGUCGUAUCUGGUCGAAAGGAUCUGCCACUUCCCAGAGCUCCACCUCAACCCGCAGCGACCAGUCCAGCCAUUCCAGCAACUCCAGUCACACCCAAUAUACCACUCUCACGUCUUGUAGCGAUACCAAGCCUGUCGUCAAGCAUUACCACAACUACGAGGAGCGUGAGAUCGUCGACGAGCCCUUGGACUAUCUCGACGAGCACGAACACGACCCCCGAGCAUCAACAGAAACAUAUACCUCAACAAUCGCCUCUGAGACUGAUUCAUCAAGACCUCCAAGCCUAUGUCCGUUGAUGAGACAUAUAUGCUAUCAGCCUGAUGCGAUCGCCACAACCCCUAUUGAAUUCGGAGAGCUAUUUCCAUCCACAAGAAGAAUUCUUAUUCAACACGACGACACUACUCCCGAUGGCAAUCUGAAUCUCCGCAUCGAUACUGAGUUGACCAUCACUAAAGGGCACAAACUGAAGUUAACUCUCUUCCACCUUCGCAUGUACGAUCUCGCUGAACGCCAGUUCUCGCUUCGUCGAUAUCAACGGCAAUCGGGUCGGGAAGUGUGCAACUCGAAACGAAAGUACUUGAAGCCGGUCGUCCAGAAACCGUCAUCUUCAUCAUCCUCGCCUCGGCGACGGUCAUUCACCUCGACCCUUGCCAAGCUCAAUCUCAGAACACUGAAGAGCAAGCCUCGGCCGAAGCCAGCUGAAGAAAUUCCACACGAGGAGUCAGACGAUGAUUUCAGUGCUUUCGCCGCACAAGUGGACGUCAAAGCCACCAUUCCCACGGAUACCAUCAGACUCGAGUUCUCCAACUACGCCCAGGUCGAACUGGAACGGAGUAAGGCCGGAGACAGCAGAUAUGAAUUUGAGUAUUGGGGCGAGCGGUAUUCUUGGAGGCGGAACAUGUACCGGGAUGAUUCAGAGCUGGUUUUCUCUUUUGAGCUAAUCGCAUCGUCCUCGGGUGCCUGUAUUGCUCACAUCACUCCAGACAAGUUGUCACGGAGACAGAGCAGACAAGAAGCAGCCCUGGGUGGUUGGGUCCCACCGUGCAGCCUGCGGCUCACAGAGAAGGACAUCUCGAAUGACUUGGGAGACGUGAUUAUGGCAACUGGACUCAUGACCCUUGUGGAUGACUGCAUCAAGAGACGCUGGGACGAGCCACACCGCUCCUGA